CCUGCUUCUCAUAAGUAUCCUUUAUGUGUAGAGUUUUUCCCUAGACCUGCUUUUACCAUUCAGCCUAUACAAUUACCUAAGCCAUCUGAACAGUCACACUUUUCUGCUAAUACUCCUUCUAUUCAAAACCUUUCUCAUGGCAUGCAAUUUUAUAAGGAUUCUGAGUUUGAUUUGGGUGAUGCUCAACAUACUGUUUCUGGCACAUCAAACCCUAUCUCUUGCACAUCUGACAUUGAUAUGAUAGAAACCAUGAACAACGCAAGCACCUCAGAUUUGGAAGACAGUGAUUCUUUGUCAGAUAGCCCUCUCCCACUCUCACCUCAACCUCAGUAUAACUUCCAUAAUGUAGAAAUCAUCACUCACCAUCAUCCAACUUGCAUUGUUCUUCAUGCCAUAUACCUGAAUAAGAGAGAGCUGAAAUACCAUUUGCAGAUGUAUGCCAUUACUAAUGGUUUUCAAUACAGAACUCUAACCUCAAGGAAAAUCUGUUUACAUGUUAUUUGUGUGGCCAAAAAUUGUAAAUGGAGUGUUCGUGCCGUGAAAUUAGAUGGCGUUGAAAUGUUUCAAAUCCGCAGGUUUGAUCCUGUUCAUGUUUGCUCCAUUGAUUUUAGGCAAGGGAAACAUAGACAAGCUACGUCUUCUGUCAUUGCAAAAUUAGUUGCUCAUAAGUUUUUGGACGCUUCUACAGUCCCAUACAAACCGAAACAAAUCAGGGCUGAUAUGAGCAUGGAAUAUGGAAUUUCCAUGUCAUAUAAGAAGUCAUGGAAAGCCCGUAAACAAGCAAUGGAAAUGCAAUUUGGUUCUGAUGCUGAUUCCUACCAAAUGUUGCCUUCUAUUGGAUACAUGCUUGAUAAGACUAAUCCAGAGUCUAAGAUUACUCUCACUAUAGGGGAUGGUGAUGUUUUUGAAUAUUUUUUCAUUUCCUUGUCUCCUUGGAUAAAUGCGUGGCAGCAUUGUAGGCCUGUUCUUAUUGUUGAUGGAUCAUUCUUGAAAGCUUAUUAUAAAGGGACAUUGUUGACAGCUUGUGCACAAGAUGCAAACAAUCAAAUUGUUCCUAUUGCAUUUGCUAUUUGUGACUCGGAAAGUAAAGCAUCAUGGCAUUGGUUCUUAUCUAAGGUGUCUGCUUGUAUUCAAUAUCGCGAUGAUAUGUAUAUUAUAUCUGAUAGGCACAAGGGUAUUCUUAGUGCUGCCCGUAAAGUCUUUCCACAUGCCAGCCAUGGAUUCUGUGUUGAGCACCUCCGGCGCAACAUGAUUUCAAAAUUUAGAGGCUCUUCUAAAGAUUUGGGUUGGAAGUUUCGAGCUGCAUAUAUGGCCUCAACUGUGAAGGAGUAUGAACAGUAUUUAUCAUUGUUAGAUGCUGAAGAUGUUAGGAUGCGUGCAUGGCUUGAAAAAAUUGGAGGCCAGAAAUGGGCAAAAUGUUUGGCUGGACCAAGUCGAUUUAAUGUCAUGACCUCAAAUUGCGCUGAGUCAUUGAACAGCGUUAAUGUUUGUGCACGAGAAUACUGUGUGUCCAAACUUAUUGAUUUCUUGCGUGAAAGAAUGCAAGAAUGGUUUACCGAACGAAGGGAAAAAGCCGAAUCUACACAUACCAUAUUGUCUGAAAAAAAUGAAAAGGUUCUUGUUGCUUUACAAUUGGAAUCAAGGUGCAUGAAGGUGAAGCCAUCUUGUGCGUACGAGUUUGAGGUUAUUGAUAGAAAGUGUAGAUGCUUUGUUGUGAAUCUUAAUUCCAAAAGUUGUAGCUGUGGGCAAUUUCAAUUGGACCAUUUUGUUUGUGUGCAUGCUGUUGCUGCAAUUGGUUCUCGUCCGGGCUUAUCAUGUUACAAUUAUAUAUCUCCUUAUUACACAUGUGAUAUGUUGUUGGCAACUUGGAGUGGUAUAAUGCACCCUAUUGGUGAUUCUGAAGAUUGGGUCAUUCCUUCUCAUAUUUCAAGUGUUCGUUGCAAGCCUCCUAGCUGUUUGAAGCGUCCACCUGGGCGUCCUAAAAAGUCAAGAAUUCCAUCAAUAGGAGAAUAUCGUGGUUCAAAGCACCGAAAGUGUUCUCGUUGCAAUGUUGUUGGCCAUAAUAAGAAGACUUGCUCUAAUGCUAUUCCGAUGGCCAAGAAUUGAUAGUUUUACACUUGUUUUCCCAGCUUUGGACAAGAUACAUCCUGUAAUUUUUUUACACUUAAUAAGUUGUACUCUACACUGUUUAGUAUUGAACACUAUUCUGCUUUUUAAAGCGAAGUGAUAUGUCAUUUGUUUUCUAUACAUCUUUGUUCUUG